AUGGUUGUUUACGUUUUCCAUUCCAAUGUGGCUAACUUACGUACUCAAAAGAGACUUGCCGCUGCUGUUGCCGGUGUUGGUAAAAGAAAGAUUUGGAUGGAUCCAAAUGAAACUUCUGAAAUUGCUCAAGCCAACUCGAGAAAUGCUGUUAGAAAGUUGAUCAAGAGCGGUACCAUUGUCAAGAAGCCAACUAGAGUUCAUUCUAGAUCUAGAACCAGAUUGAUGGCCGAAUCCAAGAGAAAUGGUCGUCACACCGGUUAUGGUAAGAGAAAGGGUACCAAAGAAGCUCGUUUGCCAUCCCAAGUUGUUUGGAUUAGAAGAUUACGUGUUUUGAGAAGAUUAUUGGCCAAGUACCGUGAUGCUGGUAAGAUUGACAAGCACUUGUAUCACACUUUGUACAAGGCUUCUAAGGGUAACACUUUUAAGCACAAGAGAGCUUUAGUUGAACAUAUUAUUCAAGCCAAGGCUGAUGCUUCUCGUGAAAAGGCUUUGAAUGAAGAAGCUGAAACUAGAAGAAUCAAGAACAGAGCUUUGAGAGAAAGAAGAACCCAAAGAAUUACCGAAAAGAAAGAAGCUUUGUUGAAAGAAGAUGCUUAA